AUGCCCUUUCGUCUCGACGACCUCUCGACUCUGCCCGCCGACUUGCAAAAGGACUAUGGCUACAUGAUCAAAGUCUGCCGCAACAACCUGAGAGGCUGCAGGGAUGAGCAACGGAAGCCAAAGUACAGCGUUGGGCAGGCGAAAGCUCAGGCCACGCCAAUGCCAGAGGACAUGCGCAUCGCCUACCUGACGGUGCAGGAGAGCGUCGUCAACGAGGGCGAGUCGCAGCGCCGCUCGGGCCUUCACACUGAGGGAUUCGCGUACCUGCCGUUCGAGGCUGGCAAGCAAGAAUGCGUGCGCGAACGGGUCUGGGAGCCUUGGGGCUACGGAGACGCGCUGCAUGGCGAGUUCACCGGAGGCAUAUUCAUGGCGUCGGAUGUGGACGACUCUACGCACGUCUACAAUUGCCGCGUCCCCGAGAUCCUCGUGGGCGCGGGUGGCGAUGUUGAGCACCUGCGGCCCAUUCUGAACGAGAUUAUGCCGUUGUCCGCCAAAGCGCGCUAUGAGGAUGGCGCAGGCGACACCAUCGGCUCGGCGCACCUGAUUGAAGGCGGCGUGCAACGCGUUCUUUGGCCGAUCAGCCUGCAGGCCGAGCAGCUCUUCUGGAUGACCGACCACACGCCGCACGAGUCGCGGCCGCUCGAGAAGGGACAGCACCGAUGCUACUUCCGGCUUGUCACCGGGCGCGUCGGCGCAUGUUUCAUCGAAAGUUGUUUUCAGGACCCGACCAAGUUCUCGACGGACGAGGAGGAGGUCGAGCAGGAGCUGCUGCGGAUGGGCGUCUACAACGCGACCUUCGACACGUCUGUCAAGGACCAGGCCAACCGCGCGGGCGACUUUGAGGACACGGACGUGCUCGAGAACGAGACCGCGGUGCAGCUCGACAACGGCGGAGAGGCGCGCUUCAAGAAGGGCGCGUUCAACGCGUACAAGAACGAGCGCAACCGCAAGCUCCACGCCGACCCGUGGGACUCCGAGAUUACCGACAAAUCCUACGCUCUCCAUCUUAUCGUGCCACACCCAACUGUCGCUCCGCUCGCCUUCCCAUUCGCAGAGGUUACGUGCAAAGUCACACGCGAGGCCUUGGUUAUUGGUAAUAUCCCCUUUGCAGCCAAGCCUACCUCGUACGUAAGCUUGUCUGUCGUCCUCCACACCGCCGUGGCGUGGCAGACGGUGAACGAGCUAGCGUGCGGGGAGAGCGGCAUUGUGCAUGGUGCGGAGUGCAUUGCCGUUCUUAACGGAGUCGCUUAG